AUGACCCGAAUGAAAACUUUGUGCGCUAUGGAAUCAUUGGUAGAAGGCGUCCCACAAGUUAAUUUCGUCAUCUGUCCAGCCGUGAUUGAUGACUGCGACCAAAUCUACGAAUUAGUACAAGAAUACUAUUCCGAAUACGGUAUACCGAGUAGCAGACAGUUGAACAAAGACACAUUCAAGAGGGAUGGAUUUGAAUCUCAAAAUCCAAGUUUCCAAUGUUUUAUAGCAAAAACAAGAAAAGAAGAAGACGUUAUUUUCGGAUUCGUACUGUGGUUUCGACCGUCCGAGAACACGACCGGCCAGCCAGUGUUCCUCGAAGCACUGUACGUGUCCAAACCUUACCGACAGAAACACGUCGAACAAGCACUCUUCGAGAAAACUAUUCAAAUCUAUUGA